UAGGUGCACCCUCUACUGCGCAUGCGCCGACCCGCUGGUCGCCUCUAUUUGUUCCCAGACAUCAUCAUCAUCAUCAUCUUCUUCUUCUUCGUCCUCAUCUUCAUCAUCAUCACAGGUUGAACUGAACAUCCUCUGCCACAAAGACGCAUCUCUCUCUCUCUCUGGUAUUCGGAUGUAGUCUCUCGCUCUGAUCUGUCUUUUGUUGUCGGCGAGACACAGCGCGGAGCAGCAGAGGAAGAGGAAGAGGCGGGAGGAAGAGGAAGCAGCCAUAAUCAUAAUAAUCAUAAUAAUAUGAAGAAACGCUUUGUGGACGCGAGCAGGCUGCGGAAGAUGAAGAAGCUGAAGAUCACGGAGCGUCUGUCUGAGAGUGCUUACACCUUCCUGAAGUUUAUGGUGAUGUGGACUGUGGUGCUGCUGGCGGAUUUCAUCCUUGAAUUCAGACUGGAGUACCUGUGGCCAUGCUGGCUCUUCUUCGGCAGCGUGUACACAACGUUCCACUGCCACGGGCUGGUGAUCUGUGUGGUCUUCGUCUGCGCUGCCUUCACUCUGGACAUCUUUUGUUUGAUUUUUGUUCCUUUGCACUGGCUGUUCUUUGUGGCCAGCACCUACGUGUUGUUCAAUUACAUAUGGCACACAGAGAAGGGCAUCUGCAUAUCCACGGUGUCCCUGUGGAUUAUACUCGUGUACACAGAGGCUUCGCUCCGACUCAAGGACCUGAAAACCUCUCACGCCAACCUGUCUCAUCUUUUCGCUGCACACUGUAUUGGAUAUCCUGUGGUAUAUCUGGGGUUUGAUGCCACCUGCUACUUCACCAACAUCUUCAAGCUGCGCAUACAGAGAGCUGUUCAGAGCGAGAACGACUUCCACAUGCACCUCCUGCAGCACUCGCUCCCCCCGGGCCUGCAGGUCUUCCCCAAGACGAGCGCCGACGGCAGCAGCAACUCCAAAUGGAAGAUAAAGCCCGAGUCGAGUCAGUACCAGUGUCAGAACGGUGCUGUCGUGGCCCAGGAUGAGGCUCACACUGUGGACUGCCUCCAGAUCCGCAGCGAGGAGAGAGUGACGGAGAAGGGGGUGCAGGAGGUGAAGUCAGCUGAGUCGCACCGGCGGCAAUCGUCGACCAAACACGGGGCCGCCGGUGAGUCCAGAGAUCUGCUGCCCGGUGGUGCAGGGGGACCAGAAUCCUCUGCCACCUCGGAACAUCUACCUCAGGAGGAGCAGGGAAGCAAAGCCACCCGGGCGGCCAAAAGCUCCUCGCCCAAAACUCAAAGCAGCACGAACACGCCGUCUCCACCUGCAGCGAGGACCGAGAAGAAACAGAGGUCCAGCUCCAAAACGGUCAGCCCCAACCGGGACGUGGCGGACAAGACAGCGCCUCAGAACCACCACACUGAGCAGACGAACAAGCUGGAGCAGGAGCUGAGGAAGCUGAGGGGCGAGCUGCAGGCGAGCAGGCAGAGCGAGCAGGAGCUGAGGAGUCACAUGUGCAACCUCACCAACAGCGAGAGGAGCCUGAGACCGGAGGUGUCUCUGCUCCGACAGUCCAACAUCCUGCUGCAGGGCAAGAUUCUGUGUCUGACUAAAACCAAGCAGCGGGACAAACAGAGCGGUGUGAUGCUGGAGAAGAAGACCAGGGCGGAGACGGACGCCCGACUCUUUGCUGAGAAGCAGUUGGCUGAAGUUCAGGCUCAGAAGCUGGAGGAGGCCGCCAGCUCAGCCCGGAGCCUCACAAACAGGCAGGAGCACUGUGAAACCCAAAUGUUAAGGAAAAGGGUAAAAGAUCUAGAGACAGAGUACAGACAACUACAGCUGGAGAAUCAAGUGAAAGAGAAUCGGGUGGUAGAUCUAGAGAGGGAUGUUGAGGCGUUGGGAAAGUACCGCUGCGUGGAGAAAGAGACGGACAUGCUGCUGUCCACGCUGUCGGCCAUGCAGGAGAAGGCUCAGCAUCUGGAGUACAACCUGAGCGCAGAGACUCGCAUCAAACUGGACCUGUUCUCCGCACUGGGAGACGCCCGCCGACAGCUGGAGAUCGCUCAAGAUAAGGUGAUGAAGCAGGAUCGGGAGAUAAGCGAGAUGAAGCAGAAGAUCGCGGAGGUGAUGGCCGUCAGCCCCGGUGUCUCCUACAUGUCCCCCCGGCCUCAGGUGCCACAGUAUCUCACCAAGCUGCUCAACUCCGAGCGCUACAUGCUGAACCCACGAGCGCUGAUGUACCAGUGUCUGAAGAAAUGAUGGAACGCCAGAUCCCCGGACCUCCUCGCCAUCCUAAAAAACUGGCGGGGGAGGGAUUUGAAUGGAUUUUUUUUAUCAGAGAGCUAAAUGACAACACACAGUCCUCUACUUCCAGCCAUGAGUGGAACCAGAAGGAGCCUCCACAAGUCGAAUGCCUUUAGCUGCACUGACGGUGCUACUUCAUUCUGUGUAUUUCACGUCCUCCUCACAUCACGAGCUGAGAACGAAGAGAUCUGAUAUGCAGAGCUGCCGCAGGCACGAGCUUUAUGUGAAGACGCCGCCAUGACAGUGUCAACCAUCAAACUGGGAUGCAACAGAGAAAAGCACAAACAUCUCGACCAGUUCACACACUGAAGGUUUGUGGGGAAACUGGUGCUGGGUUUUUACACAACUGACAAAAGAGUAGAUGAAGCGGCCGUAAGUGUUUAGUCCAAAUGAAACUGGACCCGGUCGAUCUGCCGCUCUCCUCUAGGAUCUGAGAUGAUCUCACAUCCGUAAGUAUGAAUUCAUCCUUACUUACGAUUUCUGAUUAUUUAAGUUCAAAUUGUGCAAGUACGGUAAUUUCUUUAGUUACCGACUGCAGCUUUAAAAAGUAAAACCUGUUCCUGACAUUAAAAGAGAAACUAAACUAAAAAAUUCAAGUAUUAUUCUUACACACGGUUGUAAGAUUGAAUGAAAUACAAUCAUCUUUGUUUUAAUUGUUAUUACAGAUGUAUCUUGAUCUGCAGUGAUGCUGAUGAAAUCUAAAUAACAUUGUCAAAUUGAUUUUUUCUCUUUGACUCGAAUGAUUUUUGGUGUUUUUGAGGACAAUAUUAUUGAAUUGGCCUUUUUAUAUCCCUAGUGAACAAUGACCGUGAACCAGGAGACUUACACUGAAGCAGCUAAAUAGAAAUAAGCCAUUUUUAUUCGUAUCAUUUACACCUCUGCUUUUUCAUAUUUGAAAAUAUCUCAUGUGGAAAAAGCCUUAUUAUAUAAAAAAAUAUAUACAUUCUAAAGUGUUUUGGAUUUCAAGCUUCAACAGAUGUUGGUCCACUUAGCUUUAAAAACUCAACAUUUACUCACACUAGUAGGAUAAUAGAGAAAUGAUACCAUUGAAUCAUGUCCUGAACCUAAUUCUGUUCAUGGACUUCAGCUGUAUUUAAAACCUUCUCCAUGAAUUCUUUGAAAGUAUAAAGUGCUUUUAUUGUCCAACAUCAACAUAUUCUAAAUUUCAACAGAGCAAAUAUGCAACAAUUAUUGUCAGGGCCUGAGGACUUCGAUCAUUCGAAUUGAAAUCCAGACGAGAGUCACAGGUUCAUUGAAUUGUUGGCAUAUUUCUAUUCUGUGCCGUCUUUGUUUGAAAUUUCUAUAGCGACAUCUGAGUGUUUCCCCUGAACAAUGACGCCAUGUUAACUUGUCUGUGAUUGAGCUGAUCAUGUUGAGGAGAUGCAGCAGGAACAGGAGCUCAGCUUGUUUCCACUGACAGCUGAAAACUAAACGUUGAUGCUCGGCAGCUUUCUGUCUUCUUGAGAAAAGAGAGAGAGAAUGUGUUCAAGAGUGACGCCAUCGGCCGGAAUUAGAGUCCAAGCGGAGUUGUGACAUAAGAAGGAACGGUGUCGACCAAACGUGGUUCAUGAAUUUAAUUACUGUGCCUAUAUACGCUACUUUCAACCUGGGAAGUGAAACACAGAUUUAAUGUGAAAGAGUAAUGUGUUUGAAUUGAAGUGCUAUGUACUGUUUUUGUAGUUUUUUUUUAAUUUAUUUUGUUUUGUUUUUUUUAACUCACAAUGUACAGAAUUGAAAAUCGCCCGCUGAAAAACACUCAUGAACUGGAUGUCGCCAUUUGGGUAGCUUUUUCUUUAGAGUGUGCGUUUCUAGGGCGUUUUAUAUGGAAAAAUAUUUUUAGUCUCGCUGUACUUUUAUUAAAACUGCUGUAAUUUUGUACGGCAAACGUGUUUGUCAGCAUGAAACGUGUUUUAUUCAGCUGUUAUUCGAGCACACAUUGUGACUCUGAGUAUGUACAUGGGUCUACUUGUACAAGGGCUAGUUUCUUAACAUUUUGAACAAAUAAUUGUCGGUGAUGCUCUGAGGGUAGAGAUCCCUCCCUCUGAUACACCAGGAUGGGCUUUUGUAUAAAUAAU